AUGGCAGACACAGACGACAAGAGAAAAUUACUAGCCAAUCCACUUCAUGGAAUAGUUAUCCCUAUCGGCCUACUUCUAUUCGGAACUUGGUUAUUCAGUUGGUCCUAUAUGCCAUACACCAUUGCCUUUAUAAUCAUCAUAUGUUCAAUUCAAUAUUACUUGGCCACACAGCGUCGUUCAUCGAUGCAUCAAACGAUAUGGCGUGAUUUUGAAUUGAUUGAUCGAACAAUGGUUGCUCCAAUGACGGCGAUUUACCGAUUCAAGUUGGGUCGUGAGGAUGAAAUAUUGGAUAUUCCAACGGGACAUCAUUUAUCUUGUGUUUUCACGAUUGAUGGUAAGGAUGAAUUACGAUAUUAUUCACCAAUCUCAAAUCAGUUCGAUGCUGGAUUUUUCGAUAUUUUGGUCAAACAUUAUCCUCAUGGGAAAGUGACUAGUAAAUUAGCUUCGGUACAAAUCGGUCAAACGGUUAAAUUUAGAGGUCCAGUGGGAACAUUGGACUAUACGCCAAAUGAAACAAAAACAUUGGGGUUGAUUGCGGGUGGAACUGGUAUAACUCCAAUUUUGCAAGUUAUAACUAAAGUCAUAACUAACCCUGAAGAUAAAACUGAACUCAAAGUGAUUUUUGCAUGUCAAACCCCCAAUCAAAUCUUGUUGAAGCUGGAAUUAGAUUCUAUUGCAGAGAAGUAUCCCAAAUUGUCAGUGUAUUAUACUGUGGAUAAUCCUAGUGAAGAAUGGACUGGUGGUGUUGGAUACGUGUCGAAGGAAAUGAUUAAGACUAUGUUUGAUGACAAGGAAAACACAAAGAUUUUGAUGUCGGGCCCACCAGCCAUGAAGAGUCACAUUAAUGGAUUACUUGAUGAAUUGGAUUGGGAUAAGGAAAAAGUAUUCUACUUUUGA